UGGCGCGGGAGGCGCCGUUGGUUGGUUGGCGGGCGGCGGGCGGGGCGGGCCAUGGCCCUGCUGCUGUGCCUAGGCCUGACCGCGGCGCUGGCCCGCGGCUGCCUACACUGCCACGGUAACUUCUCCGAGAAGUUCUCCUUCUACCGCCAACACGUGAACCUCAAGUCCUGGUGGGUGGGCGACAUCCCCGUGUCGGGCUCGCUGCUCAGCGACUGGAGUGAGGACACGAUGAAGGAGCUGCACCUGGCUAUCCCCGCGGAGAUCACCCAGGAGAAGCUGGACCAAGUGGCGAACGCCGUGUACCAGAAGAUGGAUCAGCUGUACCAGGGGAAGAUGUAUUUCCCCGGGUAUUUCCCCAACAAGCUGCGAGCCAUCUUCCAGGAGCAGGUGCACCUCAUCCAGAAUGCCAUCAUCCAAAGCCGCAUUGACUGUCAGCGUCACUGUGGCAUCUUCCAGUACAAGACCAUCUCCUGUGACAACUGCACGGACUCGCAUGUCGUCUGCUUUGGCUACAACUGCGAGUCAUCGGCACAGUGGGAAAAAGCUGUGCAGGGCCUCCUCCUGUACAUAAAUAAGUGGCACAAACAGGACACCAACACCAGAGCCACGCCAGCCUUUCUGAUAUCACCAGGCUUCACAUGUCUCGAGCCCCCACACUUGGCCAACUUGACUCUGGAAAGUGCUUCCGAGUGCCUGACACAGCACGGACCGCCGCCGGGCUCACCAGGCCGGCCCCAGCCUUGAGGCGGGGCCAGGGCUCAGCUGGACUGACCCAGCCUGACCCCACGGAGCAGGGGCAGGCCCGCUGCCACCUGAGCGCCUGCGGUGCCACCAGCCUGGGGCCGCGGCUGGGAGGGGUGCGUGGCUUUGUAUGGCCGGGUGGGGCCACAGACCACCCAGAUGCAAUGAUUAAAUGUCCCUGAGGUUUCUCAUCA